GAUUGUAGUUAGUGCCUAUCACUGAUCACAUCAACGUGCAACAUGGAGAUACUGGGUCUCCCUAUCUGGGCCAUCUUGCUUCUUCUCAUGCUAGUUUUGCUGUUGGUCUACGUGAGUUACAUGUCCCGCCGCCACAACACGUUCAAAGACAUGGGCAUCAAGGCAGUACCUCCCACCAAAGUCUUCGGUAAUCUGGGGCUCGCCAUAAAGCACGGGAUAUUUGAUGUCCAGACGGUGUUGUACAACAUGUUCCGAGACCAGAAGUGUUAUGGGUACUACGACACGCGUACCCCCGUUCUUGUCGUUCGAGACUUAGACAUGCUGAAGGACAUCUUCGUGAAGCAUUUCAACAGCUUCAACGAUCGCCGUACCCUGUUUGAGCAAGAGCCACCGCUUGAUAAACAGCUCUUAUCACUCAAAGGGGAGGACUGGAAAAGAGUGAGAAAUGUCGUCUCUCCAACCUUUACCUCGGGCAAAAUAAAACGAAUGACGCCGCUAGUGGAACGGAACCUCAAAGUCUUGCUGGAUAUCGUGAAAGCGAAACAGGAGGGUGGGGAAGAGGUAGAGUUGAAAGAGCUUUGCUCUCGCUUUUCUAUGGACGUCAUUGCCAGCACAGCUUUUGGGACGGAUAUAAGUAGCCAGACAAAUCCUGACGAUGAAUUUACGAAGCAAGCUAAAGCCGUUAUGAAUGGAAUCAGUCCACUGUUACUCGCACUUAUUAUAUUUUUCCCUUUCCUCCUGAAAGUUUUCCGAUGGGUAGGACUUAAAUUCAAAGGUCAGACUGCAGUGGAGUACUUGGAUCGUUUUGUGGAGAAGGCUAUCACAGAGAGAAAAACGGACGGACAAGCUGGAAAAUUCAACGACUUCGUCGACUUGCUGCUCAACUCAGAGGCUCACGGGGAGGGAGAGAACGGCGUGACUGCAGCUGAUCGAGCCAGUCUGAGCAAAGCAGAAAUGCAUGGCCAGUCACUGGUCUUCCUUCUAGCAGGCUAUGAGACCACCUCCAUAGUGAUGGCCUUCACCUUGUUCCUGAUUGCUAACCACCCAGACUGCCUGAGGGCGGCGCAGCAGGAAGUGGACCAGAAACUUGGGGGCGCGUUCCCUGACCAUGACAGCAUCCAGGACCUCACUUUCCUUGACAUGUGCAUCAAUGAGAGUAUGCGCAUGUUUCCACCAGGACUUUUCAUCGACAGGGUCUGCAAUGAAGAUAUUGAGAUUCAGGGUGUUCGCAUUCCAAAAGGAAUGGUCGUUUUGGCUCCAGUGUAUGCCAUUCACCAUGAUGAUGAAAUCUACCCUGAACCAGACAAAUUUAAACCGGAGAGAUUUCUUCCAGAGAAUAAGAACUUGCGCCAUCCAUUUGCAUUUUUGCCAUUUGGUUCAGGUCCAAAAAACUGCAUCGGGAUGCGCUUUGCCUUAAUGGAAAUGAAAAUGUUAUUGGCGGCCAUCUUACAAAAGUACACACCUGUUUCUUGUGAAAAAACAGUGUACCCUAUCAAGAUAACAAAAAUGUUGUUGAGAGCUGAAAAAGAUCUGUGGGUGAAAUUUGAGCUACGAAAGUAAAAUAAAAGAAAUAAGGCCUUUUGAUUCCUCUUUUAAAGAAGUUUUAGUUGUCAUGACGAAGGCACGCAAAGGGAACAACAAAGCUAGACACUCACACAAACAUACAAAUCAUAGUGAGAUCCCUGAAGUGCAGUGCCUUGUUUUUAGGCUCACAUUGACCAGGCUUUGUGGGGGACUCUUCCCCAUGAACACUGAGCUAACGGUCGAUGUUGCUUGGUGUAAUAUGGGGUUUUGUUCUUUAAGACUUUAAGAGGUCGUACGUUGUUCACCUCUUGGUCAAGAGAUCCCUGGAUCAAGACCUCCGAUCAACUCUAAUUUUUUUUUUUUCCUGCGUCUUUCUUUCCCAUUCUCUAAUCCUGUUCUGUCAUCUGCUUUUCUCUCCACUUUCUCACCCAUCUCCCCCCCUCCUCCCACCCCGCCUCUGUCUCUGUUCCUUUCUUUUCUUGUUUAUCCUGGCUUGAUCUUUCUGCUUUCUUUCAGCCAGACACUUGAUCUUAUUGUAGGUGAGAUUGAUUGAACACCGCCUUCUCGGAUAAGGAAUGAGGUUUCACAGAUUUAUUAUUAUUUUUGAAAUGUCUGCAGAUAACUGUUCACCUCACAUUAUGGACUUGACAUUUUUGCUGACACAAGAUGAACUCAGUAUAAUAAGAGGAACAUUUUUAUCCAAUUUUAGCAUGAUGGUUCAGAAUAAUUCCAAGCUUUUAAAUGUGUAUUGCAACUGAAAAAUGUACCUGUCAUUUUUAUCUUCACAUUUGACCUUUCUGUGAAUGGAAGGUAAAAUGUAUGGUAUGCUGAUUUGGUGGGAUAUUCUUUUUAUAAUCCUUCUCAGGCUUUGCCAAUCUCAUUGAUAGUGGGAUAUGGUUCUUUAUAUCAAUAGAAUACAAUUAACCGUAUUCGUACGUCAUGUUUUACUAUCGUAUCCAUGCGACGUGGGGAACUCUUUGUGUACUUUCCAAAGAGGAAAUUUACUCGUUAAUCCUAUCCAUACGUUUUGCAUAGCAGUCUGUCAAAAUGGUUUUUUGAGAAAUACUGAAAGUUUCAAAGAGAUCUUCGAACUAGAAGUAUUCUAAAAUGUGAAGAAUGCAACCUUGGGGGUACAAAAUGACCCCAGGAUGUACCGAUAGAGUUAAAUUAAUUAAAACGUUAAUGAACUUGUGCUCCAAAGUGUUCCUUCUUGCGACCGAAGUCUAAAGAGAUGUUUUCACACUCUGCUAUAAGAGAUGUUUUCAACCAUGCUAUCAGAGAUGUUUUCAACCAUGCUAUAAGAGAUGUUUUCUCACCAUGCUGUAAGAGAUGUUUUCUCACCAUGCUGUAAGAGAUGUUUUCUCACCAUGCUAUAAGAGAUGUUUUCUCACCAUGCUGUAAGAGAUGUUUUCACUACAUGCCAAAGAGGAGUUCUUUAUACAAUGAGAUUAGUACUCCAUAGAUAUUAAAAACCUUGAAAAGUACACUGUAUUCAGUACGGAUGUCUACAAAAUGUUCUUGUUUAGUUGUUGAGUUGUACCCAUGGAGUACAUUUGUUGCUGUCUUCUCAGUACAUAGACUGACAAUGUUUUUGCACCGCAAGAUCUUUCAUGUGAUUUAUUAUUCCUUUGACUCGUUCCAUGUACAUAAGCAGAUAUGUUAUGUUAUAUGUUAUAUAUUAUAUCUUUGUCUUUGUUUUGAUGUAGCGACCUUACCAGGCGGAACGUUCUAAGAAAUUUUUCUGCCGAUUAUCUUUUUACGAAAAUCUAAAGAAAUGAUAGUGAGGCAUUGUGGUGAAAUCAAGUGCUCGUCAAAAUAGUGAAAUCAAAGAAAUCUGCAUUUUUUUUGGCUGGUGGGCAAUUUUUUUUCUAAUUUACUAUUUUGGUUCAACAUUAUUGAUGUACCAUACAUUUAACAACACAUUUUUGUGAGCAUUUUACUGAAAAUGACAUAAAAUGUAAAUUUUUAGUUUUCAAGGACUCUCAGGCUAUGGAAGUUACCAAAUUUUGACGUCCACUUUCUCGCUAAUUUUACUUCUGAAACCAAGUGACCCUGAUCUCCUUCUAUCACAAAAAUUUUGACUUCAUGGAUAUUUUUUGGACUAGUCAAAUGAACAGUCUUUUAGAUGAUACCAAUAAUUCGACGAUAUUAUUAUGCCCAAAAAUAAAUUGACGAGCCCCUGAUUCCAUUUGGGAUUGAUCAAGGUUAUUGUUUGGGGUUUUUUUUAUAGUUUUUCUUGCAAGUUCAGUACAGGUUCUCAACUAUGCCCGCAAGACAAGUCAAACAAAACAUGAUAAUUUUUUUUACCUUCUAUAAAAAAAUCAGUGAAGUUGAGUGACAAAUAAAAAGUGCAUUGUUUAAACCAUGCAUGAACUUACACAGGAUUUCACAGGGCAUUAUAGUGAUUCUUUAAGAAGAAUCCUAAGUUUUGUUUGUGUUUUCUUUUAGAAUCUACUUCUCAUUAUUUUCUAUCUACAAUGUCAGUUUUUAGGUGUGGUUAUUGGAGUAGUUUUCCUUCUUUUUUUUUUUACAUCAAUCAAAUAAUAUUAUGUCAGAUAUAUGUAAAUAAAAGGAAAAAUACAAUGUAACGAGCUUGA